AUGAUUCCGGCCAUCCUAUGCUCCGUUCAACUUUUUCUUAUCGGCCUCGGGCAAGCGGCAAUUGUCCCUCUUCCUUCAAGUACCGGACCAUGCGACGUCAUGCUUCUUGCAAGUGAACUAGUCGACCUGUCUCGAGCCGAUCCCUUUGACCCAAAAGGAGGCAAACGUUCUAUCAUGGUCACCGCAUUUACACCUGUUAGUUGUGGACGUCUACUAUCUAUAUCUUACUUUCCGAAUGAAACAGCCAAGUAUGAAGAUGAGAGCUUCCAGCCCUUUGAACUACCCGCGGGGACAUUUGAGUCCUAUCGUAUCCAGACUCAGACACAGCAGCAACCACUGCCUUCCAUAACGUAUUUUGUCGUUGUCUCCGUCGAUUACUCCAAUGAUGCUGACAUCGUGGAAUAUCCCGAUGGCCGCACAAUUCUUGGGAUACUCGGAAACAUCAGUACAGAUGCAGAAUGUAUCACGGCAAGGAACGUUCGUGUUGAAGAUAUGAUGUUUCUCCUGAAUCAAAUACAUGACGAAAAAGUGGUCAGAGACAUAUUCGCUUUGUCACUAGAAAAUUCGAAUCUACUCUCUCUUGAUCGAGUAACUAUCAUGGGACAUUCCCUUGGUGGAGCAACAGCAGCGCAGACAGUACUGCUUGACAAUCGAUUUGUCGGAGGCAUCAAUCUAGAUGGUACACCAUGCGGUUCUGUCGUGGAUAAGGGACUGUCGAGUCCGUUUCUGCUUUUCGCCAACGCAAAUCAUACCCGGGCCACUGACCCUAGCUGGGCGACAUUUUCGUCAAACUUACGAGGAUGGAAACUUCAACUACGACUCGCAAAAUCUAAACAAUAUACUUUUCUGACUAUCCAGUGCUUGUCGAUGCUCUGA